UUGAAAGCUGUGCAGUAUGUUAGAUCCAGAGGACAGCGUGGAGCACAAAACUGGCUCUUCCUUUCCUAAGUUUUUUCUCAUCCCUAUAGCCAUGCUGAUCGUCAUAGGAGGACUGCUGUUCGUGGCGUUUUCUGCCUCCGAGCAGAAAGAGGACAGUUUUUACUCGUUUAAAGUGGUCAACAUCAGGGGCAAACUAGUCUCCCUGGACAAGUACAGAGGCUCGGUAACAUUAGUUGUCAAUGUUGCAAGUGAGUGCGGAUAUACCGACAGUCACUACAGAGCCUUACAAAAGCUGCAGAGAGAACUUGGCUCCUAUCAUUUUAAUGUGCUAGCGUUUCCCUGCAAUCAGUUUGGACAGCAAGAACCCAAUAGUAAUAAUGAAAUUGAGAGUUUUGUCCGACAAACAUAUAGUGUUUCCUUUCCUAUGUUCAGCAAGAUAGCAGUGAAGGGCAUCGGGGCAAAUCCAGCCUUUAAAUAUUUAAUUGAAUCCACUGGAGAAGAGCCAACUUGGAACUUCUGGAAAUACCUUGUGGAUCCAAAUGGGAAAGUGGUAAAUGCUUGGGACUCUACCGUCACUAUUGAAGAAAUAAAACCUCAUGUGACUGAACUGGUGAGGAAACUCAUUCUGAAGAAAAAAGAGGAACUCUAAUUUUUUGCAAAUGUACCUUUUUGUAUUUCUAUUUUUGGAUCAUUGUUCUAGCUCUUCAUAUUCCCACAGAGAAAUAACUUUGGCCAACCCGAGUUAGCUUCCAUCCCCUAAAUAUGAGUAUUUGUUUCUCUUAACAGUAUGUUCAAUCCAUUUUCUGAGUAAAUCAGAGAGAAAUUGAUAUCUAAGAAGAAAAGUAGAACUAAUGAAAGGCUAGGUUUUAUUUAUUUUCCUUAUAAAUCACUGAUUGAUUUUAGUGAGAUGAAAUGCCAUGUAGGAUUUCUAGGCAGCAAAUUUCAGUUCAGAUAUAAUUGCCUAAAUAAAUCUUAUCGGUAGCUACUUUCUAUCAUGAACAUUAUCAUGAGAGUCAUUUAUAAAACAGAAACCAGAACAGGAAAACUUGAUCUUAGCCUGAGUGUGGCUGUAAGAAGCAAUGUUCAUGCUAGAUAAAUGUAGCACACUUCCACAUAAGCUGUGUUCUCACUUACUGAAAGCUUUCACUCACCUAUGCAUUCCUGAAAAUCAGUAUAUCUCAAGAAUCUGUGAAUGGGGUUUCAUUCAACUAUAGGUUGCUCCAGAAGUAUACUAAUGCUGUGAUUUUCACUGAUUCCCCUUUCCCCUUGCAACACUCAGAUUUGCUGUGGGAGAUUGUGAGAUAUCAAGAACUACACAUGAGAUACACUAUGUGGAGGGAAGCUGCAGGGAAGGAUGAAUUGCUGAAAAUAAUCUAUCCCACUGUCUGAAUCAAAGGUUCUUCAGUUCUUGGACAGACUUUCUUAUGAAUGAAAAGAGACUGUUGAAUCCAUAUUGUUAAAAACUCUCCUGCUUUUUUUCAAGCACUACUUAAUUUUUUUCUAAAAAAAGAAAAAGAAAAAAAGAGAAGAGUUGCAAUGCUGCUUUUGGCAUUUGCUCUUUGAUGCCCUUCCAGAUGCAUGUCACCAACCUUCAGAUUCUGCAUCGGAUGGACAUGACCCAAGAAUAGUUGCCUUUUCUCAUAAAUAGUACUGAAAAAGGCUUGCCCUAGUGAAGCAUUAAUUUAUAUAAAUAUAACUUUAAUUGUUGUCUAGAAUCAUCCACACUUUUCUUUCAUAGUAAUGAUGUUACUAAAAAUUAAAUAACUUUAUUUGGAAUGGGACCAACUCUGCUUAUCACACUGUGAAAAGACUGGGGAAUUUUCAGUGACUGAACAAUAAUAAAAAGGGGUUCUUAUGUAAUUGAGACCUGUGUUUGUGAGCUUCCUUUGCAUUCCAUAGACAGAAAAACAUCUUUCUACCAUUAAAAGGUAAAUACGUAAGUGACAAUGGUCCAUUAAAUAACCCUUUGAAAAAAAUUUAAAUCUUUAAAAAAUCUUGGCAGUGUUUCUCAUUUUAAAUUGAAAGAAUAAAUAUACUCUUUGGAAUAACCCUAUAUGCACAAUUGUCAGAUAAUGCAUGCAAGAAGCACAAUAUAAUAAACAAAUGGACUGUGUACAUGAGACACA